GUAAACUGUAAAUAUAAGAGGAGGGGUACUUCUGGGGAAAAAAAACGCACGGUCCUAGAUUGUUCCUCAGGGAGUAAGCAAGACUGAGUGCAGCUGUCAGUCUCUAGCUUUUUACUCACUCAGUUUGUGCUCAACCUUGCAGGGGAGUAGAGCAGACCUCCGACUCUCACUACCGUUGAGGAUUCAAGGUUUCUUCUCAGCAGAUAAUCAGGAGACACCAUGGGAGGAAGGCUGAGCAGGAAGAAGAAGGGGUACGAGGUCGGUGACACCAUAGUUGGCCAAGCAGAGGCUGCAGUUGCUGGAACAGUGGAGGCAACCACUGAAGCUGCCCAAGAGGUCUCUGCCGAACUAGUGGAGGGAGCUGCCGCAGCAUCGCAGGAGGUUUCCUCAACACUGGAGGCCACAGCCGAGGCGGCUGCAGAGGUAGUAAAGGAAGCCAUUGCAGCGGCAGAAUCAGUGCCAGCGGCUGUCUCCGAGGUGCCAAAAGCAGAGGAGGUUGCCGACAUCACCCAAGAGGUUGUGAGCACAGUGGUUUCAGAUGUUCCUUCUGCUGAAGUUACGGUACCCUCGGAGGAGAUUACAAGCACGGAACCAGCUCCAGCAGAAACGGCGCCUGAACCUGAGCAAGAAGCCACCGCAGCGGAGGAACCCGUCACAGCUGAAGAAGAACCUGCCACUACAGAACCAGAAAGUGCUCCAGAACCUAACACCGAAACAAUCCAGUCUGAAUCAGCUGAUCUGCCCGCAGAAACCAUUCCUGGAUUACAGGCAGAAAUCGAAGCUGCAGCAACAGGCACAGUAUCAGACUUGAUUUCCACUAGCGCCAGUGGGGCAGAGGAGGCUGCAGGAACCAAGGCGGAUGACACAGGAGCUCCGAGUGAAGAGGCCACGGUGGAGAACGGAGACUGUGAAAUCGCCGACUCCUCUGCUGGGCCUCCUGCGCCACUCGAGCUGAACAGUGAGUCUCAGGAACAAGUGCUGCAGCCAGCUGUGGAACAGCUCGCUGAAGAAUGCCUCAACGGAAUUGGCCUGCCUGCAGAGCCCCCCAAGGAGCAAACUGACUGUGAAUUAAAGAAGGACUGGGAGCUCCCCGAAGCCAUUGGUGAGCUGGGUGAAGCCGUAAGUGCUCCGGUGAAUCAGGUUGUUGACCUAGUGUGAAAACUAAUGCAAACAUUCAUUUGAUGACAACACAUAUAUUUUAAGAAAAACAACACAGGCUUCUGAAAAUAAAUGUCGAAAUGCCUGUUAUGUUAACUCAGGCCAAGGAAUUUCUGGUUAACCAAAAUGAAUUACAACCACUGAAAUGUAAAGAGAAGGAACUUGGAUAAGUGUGUUUGAACCCUAUAUGCUUUAUGAGAGAGGCAGGCAGUGUUUGCAGUGUGUGAUGUGGAAGGCCAGAUUGUUUUGAGAGAUGCCUACAGAAAACAAACAAAAAAACUGGACAGCAGAAAAAACAUGGAUAAUAACAUUGGAAAUGACAAAUGGAAUGAAUAGUCUUGUACUUGUGUGUCAGCCUGUUGAAUAUUAAAAAAGGUUUAUUGGAUUAGCAUUUAAUAGUAUAUAAUCUAAUUUAGACUUUCAUGUAUUCUUCCCUUAACUCUGUAAAAAAAAUAAAAAAAUAAAAAAUGAGGAAACUGAAAUUUUCACCUUUGGGGGGUGGGGGGCAGUGAGGACUGUUCAUUUGAACUUGACAGCUUGGCUCAGAAAAUAAAAAGAUUGUUAUACCUUAAAAA